AGAAGACAGGUAUUUCUGAACUGCGGCCUCCGGAGAAGUUAGAGAUUUCGGAAGGAGCAGCUUGACCAGAUUUGAAGAAGCGGUGAUGGAUUAAGUGGAUCGGUAGAGAGCAGCUGUCGAUUGCAGUGUUUUGGUGCAUGGUGCUACGAUGUCUAGGGAGAAUAUCAAGCUUUUUGACCCAGUGUUGCGUAUCCUAAGAUCUGUGUAUUCAUCUGUGCUGACAUUGGAGGAAUACAUCGCCGGCAUUCGUUUCAAAGAGGACAACAGACAGCCUCUGGUGUUAAGCACUGACAGCGCGAAAUACAAAAAAUUCAUUACAAGCAUCAUUGUUUGCACUUCCGCCGACAGCAAGUCUUUGGCACAGCCCACCAGUUAUGAACAGCUUUGUACACUGAAAGAACUGGUCUCCAUCAUUCUGAAGAAGAUCAUGCAGAAGAAAAAAAGAAAUGUUCUGGCACAUGGACUGAAGGGCGUCGGUGAAAACUGUGCUUCCGUUUUUUCUCAACAAAGUAACCACUGCACCUCUGCUAUCAGCAGCGGUCCGCUGUGGGAUCUCCUACUCCAAAGGAUUGGAACUGCUGUUAUGAUGCAUCUCUUGGAGUCGUGUGCUCUCUUCACAACAGUAGCCCCUUCUUGUCUUUACCAGGUUGCUGGGAUCCCUGUAUACGAUCACUUCAUCACUGGGGAUAAUUACUCCUCAUUUAAAUGUGUGAGGCUUAGGUCACUGCACAACCGAUUUAAUGUGCUCUUGCAGCUGGCAAAAUCUAAAGUAAAUUUCUAUAGAAACCGUAGGAAGUCGCAGAAGAGGAUGAGGAAACACCAGAAAAAGCGAGGUGCCCCAGGUCCCCGCCAAAACAUCAGCAAAACUGACAGUGAGGGGCCUCCAACCAAGAAGGCCAAGAAAGAGCCAGGGUGCAAUACUAUAGAGGAGAGAAAGCAAAAGGCAAAAAAAGCCCCUGUUUCAGCUGUAUUUUUCAAGGCCCAAAGCAUGUUGUAUUCAAGCUUCAAGUCUUCUGUCCUGAGCAAACAACCGAAAGUACAGUCCAGGGCUGAUCCUGUGAAGCAGAUAAACUCUAAUGCAGAAGAUCUUGUGAAGGACAUAUUUUUAUGCAGAAAGGGAUUUGAUGGCAGGAAAAAAAUCCCCAAGCGUUUCAAAAGCAUGCUUGGCACAUUUAGCCAGUUGCUUAAAAAUCAUAGAAAAUGUCCAUUUCACCUUUUCUUAGAAAGGACUUGCUCAGAAGAACCCACAGGUCAAAACACAGUGGCAAAGGCAACUGGAAGUUUGGACUCAAAAGAGCCCAGUGAUUUCCAAGGUCUUCUUUCAAAAGAAACCAAACCCACACAGGUUUAUAUGUUCAUAAGGGAGUGCUUAAAAUACAUUAUUCCAUUUCAGCUGUGGGGUUCACAACACAAUUUCAAUAGAUUUUUAAUAAACGUUAAAAAAUUAAUUUCCAUGGGGAAGUUUGACAGACUGUCUCUUCAGGAAGUCCUUUGGAAGAUGAGAGUGCAGGACUGUGACUGGCUUAAGCUAAAUAAAUCUGCUUCCUGUCCUGCGACUGAGCACCGAUACCGUGAGAAGAUCCUGGCAAGUUUUUUAACUUGGGUUUUGGGCACCUUGGUUAUUGUGCUAGUAAGGACAUCGUUCUAUGUCACUGAAAGCUCCUGGCAAAAAAAUAUGCUUAUGUUCUUUAAAAAGAAGAUCUGGAGAAGACUGUGGGACAUGGCUAUAAGCAAGCACCUGUCUCAAGGAGAAUUUGUGUCUCUGAGAUCAGAGGAAUUUGCCAAGGCAACUGUUGCAACAGUGAGGUUUAUUCCAAAAAGAAAUGGCAUGCGGCCUAUUGUCAAAAUGGGAGCAGUGGUGGAACAGAAACCAUACAGCAGCCAGAGCAACAGAAGAAAGUCCUUCAAUAUCCAGCUUCGAAACCUCUAUGACAUCCUCUGUGUGAAUGUGACGAAGAGGCCCCACCUGCUAGGCUCCUCUGUGUUUGGUUUACAGGAUAUAUACAGAGUUUGGGGUGAUUUUGCAGUAAAAAACAAAGCUCAGAAUUUGCCUGCACUUCCAAAAUACUUUGUAAAGGUUGAUAUAGCUGGUGCCUUUGACAGCCUCCCACAUGAAAAACUGUUGGAAGUGGUGUCUAGUGUUCUAAAGCCUGUGAUGGACCAAGAGUAUUGCAUCCGGCGCUAUGCACAGAUCUGGGCUGACUCCAAUGAAGGACUGAAAAAAAAUUUCAGAAGACAUGCCACAAUGUUGGGAGACUUGUUGCCCAACAUGAGAUCUUUCACAGCUGUGCAGCAAAAAAAAUCAAAUUUGCGGAAUGCAAUACUGGUUGAACAGGGCCUUUCAAUGAAUGUGUUUGGUCACGAGAUGCUUACAUUCUUCCAGGAAAUGCUUGCAAAUGUUGUCCUCAGGAUUGGGAAUAAAACCUACAGACAGUGCUGUGGAAUCCCUCAGGGCUCCAUUGUGUCCACUCUGCUGUGCAGCCUGUGUUAUGGAGACAUGGAGAAUAGGAUUCUUGGGGACUUGAAGGAAAAUGGGUGUUUGCUGAGAUUGGUUGAUGAUUUUUUGCUCAUCACUCCCCACUUGUCCAAAGCACAGAUGUUUCUCAGAAUUCUGGCAGCCGGGAUCCCUGAAUAUGGCUGCGUCAUUAACCCUCAGAAGAUCGUGGCUAAUUUCCCCAUCGAUAACAUCCUGAACUGCUCUGGGGCCCUACAGCUGCCAUUAGAGUGCUUGUUCCCCUGGUGUGGCCUUCUGCUGGAUACCCAUUCACUUGAUAUCUUCUGUGACUAUGGAAGUUAUGCUGGAGUGUCCAUUCGCUACAGUUUGACCCUUGGUUCAACAUCUCAGCCUGGGCAGCACAUGAGGAAGAAACUUUUGUCAGUUCUGAAACUCAAGUGUCAUGCCAUCUUCCUCGACUUGAAGAUCAACAGUCAACAGGCAGUGUACCUCAACAUUUACAAAAUACUCCUUCUUCAAGCAUACAGGUUCCAUGCCUGUGUGAUAAACCUGCCAUUCGGACAGAAGGUCCACAACAAUCCCACUUUCUUCUUGACAGUCAUCUCCGAAAUGGCAGCUUAUAGCUACUCAAUUAUAAGACAAAGGAACAAAGAAACCCAGUUUGGUAUGAAAAAUGCAUCCGGCCUCCUGCCUUUUGAAGCCGUGCAGCUGCUGUGCUACAGUGCUUUUCUUGUGAAGCUGUCAACACACAGAUGCACUUACAAAUGCCUUCUUGGAAACCUAAAGACAUGUAAGAGGCGACUCGAGAGAAAGCUCCCAAUGGACACUUUGUGCCUAAUCAGGCAUGUGACUGAUCCUCCAUUGCCUCAGGACUUCACAGCCAUGACAAGUUAGAAACAGUGUGUUCAGCCUAGAAGAAAUCCUACAGUAUAACUGACUGGUCUCCAUCGACACUUGUAGUACAAGGUACACACCUGCAAGUUUCUGCUGGUGUCCAGCAUGUUCUGGACACUUGAAAACUUAAGAGUCUUGGAGAAAUCUGAGAAUGGUUUGAUGUCAGGGUUUAUAUUACAAAAACAAAUUAUAUAAAGUGAAGCUUUCAUAUGUCUUAGCACACAUAGUAGGCUACUGUAAAGACGUGUUCAUAUUAGGUUUGAAAUGCUGUUACAGCAUAGGAAAACCAUUUUUUAAGAGACUUUAAGCUGUAGAUUGUACAUUGGUACUAUUAAUUGUUUAUAGUACAGAAAAGCUAAUGUUCUACCCUUUUUCUAAAACAUACCUCCUCCAGCACCACAAAUUAUUGUUGUUGUUUUUCCAAGCCAGCCUAAUGUGGAAUGUGUCUUUCCCUCUGUGGAGAAACAGCUGUGACAAUUUUUCUGUCCUCCUUUGUGAGGGGCAAAAUACUUGCUUUGUUUUGUGUCUUCAGCUUUAUACAUUCCUUAUUCUGCCUGGGAUGUGUAUUUUAGUUCUGUUCUAUGAACAUUUAAUAUUCAGACAUUUUCAAGGUUUAAAACCUUAAUAAGAAAAUAAAACCUUAACUGCUGAGUUUAAAAAAAAUGGUGGAUUAGCUGACUCGCAAAAAAUGUGACUUAAAUUGUAUAAUACAUACUGUACUACAUUUGUAUAAAAAAAGUGUUAUUUGAACAGUAUUUACCAUUUUAAUGCACAUGGACUAUUAGCACUUUAAAGAGUUUAGGUGCUUUACAUUUCCAAUUAAAAU